AUGGGUUCGGGCGAUGCAUCAAGUCUGGGAAAUGAAAGUGUGACAAUUGGAGAAAACCAGGAAGAAGCCACGGGAACACAUCCGGAGCUCAAUUUUGCGAAUUUCAACCAGGACUACUCCUGCUUAUCGGUCGGGUAUAGCGACGGAUACAAAGUGUUCAACUGUGAGCCGUUUGGGCAGUGCUACACGAGGAAAGAUGGUGGUGUUGGGAUUAUAGAGAUGCUGUUUACAUCAUCGCUACUAGUAUUGGUCGGGUCAGGGGAGCAAAGUGCACUUUCUCCGCGGAGAUUGAAAGUGGUAAACACGAAGAGACAGACAACAAUAUGCGAGUUGACGUUUCCAGACACGAUACUCGCGGUUAAGUUGAACAGGGACCGGCUUGUUGUUUUAUUGGAGAAAACCGUUUAUAUUUAUGACGUGCACAACAUGAGAUUGUUACACACGGUGGAGAUACCGGCGAACCCACUCGGGCUAAUUGCACUGGCUGCGUCUUCUGAGCACAACUAUUUGGCAUAUCCUUCUCCGCCACGUGUUUCGGUUGCAGAUUUAUCUUCUGGAGGGCAGUUUGCAGGAGGUGAUAAUAUUAGUGGCAAUGCAGGUGCGGUAAACGGUGGUGCAGCGAAUUCGGUCGGUGCAGAUACAGGCAAGGUGGAUGCACUACAGAGCAACGGCAGUGAUAGGGUUGCCGGAGGCUCAAAGGGGAAAGCAUCGGUUUCACAACUUAGAACAGGAGAUGUGGUAAUCUUUGACUGCUCGCUUUUGCAGCCGAUAAGCGUGAUAGAGGCGCAUAAGACAAGGCUUUCUGCUCUAGCGCUGUCAAUAGAUGGCACAUUACUUGCGACUGCGAGCGAUAAAGGUACCAUAGUGCGAGUUUUCAGUGUUGAAACCGGCAACAAGCUCUAUCAGUUCCGCCGGGGCACGUAUCCCACAAAGAUAUACUCGCUUGCGUUUAGUGUGGACAACAAAUUUGUGGUAGCAAGCUCGGCAACGGAGACAGUUCACAUUUUCAGGCUUGGGGACCAGGAAUUGGCCAAUACGCAGAGGCAGAGCCGGUCGGCAAGGCCGGGGGACGGGUCGAAGGCCAAUAGUCGCGACGAUAACUCGAACUCGUCCGAGGAUGUGGAAUCGACGGGUCGGAACUCGUCUUUGGUGGACGAGGAUGUUCUCGCGGAUGAGGAUAUGGCGACAAACAGCAGCGAGGUAACUGGACCAGACAGCGAAUACGAUUUGUUGGAAAAUGCUUCCACGACAAGCACGGGAUCCGACAUGCAGCCGGUUGUGGAUUCGACGCGUCGAACAGUCGCCCGGAUGCUCAGGCGGACAUCUCAGACUUUGGGCCGCAAAGCAGCAGAGAGGAUGGGUGGGUAUCUGCCACCGAGAUUUUCUUCGAUUCUUGAGCCGAACAGACACUUUGCAUCGUUGAAAGUGCCGGCAUCGAAGGAUACGACGACAAUUGUAGGGAUAGGGCGUACGGAGGUGCUAGAUGGGUCUAUAGACUCGGGAGUGGAGAAGAGCAAGCUGAUCCAUAUUAUGGUAGUUACUUCUGAGGGGUUAUUUUACACGUUUGGCCUGGAUCCGGACCGUGGAGGGGACUGUGUGCUACUUAGCCAGAGGAGUUUGCUGGAUUAG